UAUGAUCUGGAAUCCGGUGUUUCGUCAGAAACGAAAUGUGACCUUAGCUUCACGAUGGCUCCUUUUCCCCUUGUAAAGUUAGGCUAUUUGGCUUUGAAACAAAUCAGCAAACCGAUAGCUAAUUACAUAAAAAGACGAGCGAAAGCGAACCCGUUCUUCAGAAGAUACAUAUGUAUGCCGCCCGCUCAGAUUUACAACUGGGCUGAAAUCAACAUCCGGCUUAGAAUGGUUGGACUGGGGAGUGCGAAGAAUGUGGAGCCCCUCAGUGAAAAGGAAGCCAUCGAACUUGGUGGUGAAAUGCUGGGUGAAUUCAUCGUGUUCUCAUUUGCGGCUAUUUUACUUCUCUCAGAAUAUGCCAGAUCUUCUCGAAAGGAGCAGUUGAAUCAAGAAAAGGCAAAACAAGAAGGCUUAAGACUUAACGCCAAAUUACAAGAGAUGGGAAUUGUUUCAGAAAUUCAGGAAGCCCAGAUAAGGGAACUUCAGCGACGAGUAGAUGUGUUGUCUAUAGAGAAAGAGAAGAACCGUGGUGUUGUCAACAAAUUGUUUGGAUCAAAGCAGUCAUAGCAUUUCUCUUUCAUGGACAUUGCUUGUUGUGAUAGUUUCAUGUGCAUGUUUUUACCAGUGUCUUUGUGAUUUAUUGAGGAUCAUGACUGAAUGAUGAGAGCUUUCCUGGAGCCAGAAAUGAAAUGAGAAUUAUCUUCAUCAUUCUUGCUCUGCAUUCACCAAAGUCAGUGGAGUCUUUUUUUGAACAGAUUAGUCUUUAUAGACAUAGCCUUGUUGUGUUUUAACCUUAAGCACUUGAAAUAAAGUGUGAAAGUAAAGAAAUGUAUGCUUUCUGUACUGAUUUACUGAGAAAGUUAUUCAGUCUAUUUUCUGAAAGGGAAAGAAGAUCAUUUCAAGAUUUAAAUGUUUAUGAAUAUUGUGGAAUGAGAAAUACGACCUAUUGUCUUACAGUUUCUGUUCUGAUAAUAACGAUAUGUGUCACGGCGUGGUGGAACCAGGCGCUCGUCAAUUUUGGGGCAUAUGUGGAUUUAUUGGUAUCAUCUCAAGGCCAUCUGCUGGUGACAUUUCUAAAAUUCAUAUCCCUUGACUAUAUAUAGCAACAAUGAUAUAUUUAUAUUAGUCAGACAUCAAAGAAUAAAUGCAAGUGAAUAUUUAUUAUUAUAAGCACAUGGUAUCCAAGCAAACAUCCACCAUAUUGGAUAAUUUAAUCAAAUUUCAAAAGCUAUUCUCUCUUAGUUUUCGUCCGUUGGCUUUCAUUUCUAGCAAUCACAAACUACAACGCCUAUGUAAUGAACAAAUAACGCCUGAUUUGUAAUAUUACAAUUAUGAAAAUAAUUAUGGACACUGGAAAUAUGUACAUGGAUAAAUAGUUUAAAAAUCUAAAAAUUCCCAACAAACGCACUGAUUGUAAUUUUAUUCUUUUAUUAUCUUCAAAGAGGGCUGUAUUUCAGUACCUGUCACCUUUGGAUGGACAAUGUGUAAAAUAAUGAAGCUAUUGAGAUAAAAAAUAAAGGAGAAGAUGUAAUUUAAAGUCGAAAAAAUAAAUAUUUGAAAAAAAA